CCGAGAUGGCGAAGAAGAACGGUAACGACAAGACUGCGUAUAUCCUCUUGAAGAGAUGGCUCGACACGGUCAAGUGGCUGAAGAAAACUCAGGAUUACAAGGACCGCAAGUCCAUCUGUUCCACCAACAUGACCAUCGAUCAGAUAAAUGAAGUGAAAAACAUACUUGCAGACUUGAGGCAAAAGUUAGAGAUACGCUAUGGAGCAUAGUUCCAGGAAGCACAAUGACGCGGUGGAGAAAAUGGAGGUGGACAGGUAUUUGAUCAUAGACGUCAGGCAGAAAGCUCAUUAUGACAGUUCCAAAAUUACGUUCGACAAGUGCAUCAACAUUCCACAAUCGGAAAUUAAACCAGGAAAGCUGGGCUACAAGUUCGCGGACUGCUUUCACAAGAACAAGCAGUUAUUCGAUUUAAGCAUCGGUCGGCGCAGCACGUGGACGUAAUAAUUCUGGUGGACUGGAACACUACGCAGGAAACUUUGACGACCAGCACUUAUCUGAACAUACUGAAGGACAUUUUCGAAAAAUGUGAUCCCAGCACAAAGCAUAAGAAGAUCAAGAUUCUCAACGGAGGCUACCAAGAGUGGCUGAUGACGUAUCCGACGUUUACAACGAAUUCCAAUGUGGCUGUGCCCGAGUUCAACGAUGUCUCGAACGCGCAACAAUUUGAGAACCCGGACGCGCCAUGCGGACCCAUCCGCCACCCUGACGUGGAAAAUUGUUUUUAUUUAUAUGCGAAAUUAAUUUAGUUUACUAUAUUGCAAAUUGUUUUUAUUUUUUGCUUAUUGGCUUUUAUUAUAUUUGUGUGUAUUGUGUCUGUGCUUACUGGCUUUAUUACACUUGCAUACACUUUUAUCUUAUUUCUGUUAUUACUUGUUAAUAAUAAUAUGUAUUGUAAUUUUGUUCUUUUUGCUUUUUGGUAUGUAUUUUUGUACGUAGUCUUUCUUCAUUCUUCCCUUCCCUCGGAGUCGGGCGCUCCCGACUGCAGUCCACCCGUCCUUCCAGGGCUCUCCUUGUGGGACUCCUACCCCCCCGCUAGGGCGUUGCCUGCGGGACUCCUUACCCUUCCCUUCCCUUCCCUCUGCUAGGGCGGUACCUGCGGGACUCCUUACCCUUCCCUUCCCUUCCUCCCGCUAGGGCGGUACCUGCGGGACUCCUUACCCUUCCCUUCCCUUCCCCCCGCUAGGGCGGUACCUGCGGGACUCCUUACCCCUUCCCUUCCCUUCUUCCCCCGGCUAGGGCGUUGCCUGCAGGACUCUAUCCCUUCCCUUCCUCCCGCCAGGGCUCUCGGACCCGCGGACCUCCUACCCUUCCAUCCUCGGGCGCGGUUUUAGUGUCACCAACUCGGCAGCAUGACCCAUCCAUGGGGCAUUCUGCCCGGUCUCGACAGGGAUGCACGACAUUUUGGACGAGCGCAGUCCGGGUGGGCGGAGGUGGUGGCCGAACCUCCUGGGGACAGGGGACGUAGCCCACAGGGAGACGUAGGUCGUACAAAAUCACCCUUUUUAGCCGGGAGCGUGGAACCGGCGGAGAGUCCUGACGUAAUGCGCCUUUUAGUUCCAGGACUCUUUGUGAGCGGUUUGGUUGGUGGGAUAAAUAAAAAAACUUACUUUUAAUACUAAUUUUUCGUACUAAUGAAAAAUUUGUUUCAUUUAUUGAACAUUUUAAUCACUUUUAUAUUUCAUAAGCUUUUUAAUAUUGUUAUAAUAUUUAUAAUUAUAUAUUAUAUAAUAAGCUUUCUCGAGUCGCUGUUGAGUUGUAUUCGAAAGUCCAUCUCGUCGUUGAACAAUACUAUUUAUUGAAAAUUGUUGAAAAUUGGUGAAAAUAGAGUUGCGAACGUUUUGCCGUCGAGUCGUACUACUACCUCGAUUUUAACAUGAGGCCGUGGUGAUAUCUAGCAGUGUUUCCAUGGUAUCAAAGAUGUAUUUUAGAUAGAGUCCCUUAAUUGAUAAACCUCAAUUCCGCCAUUUUCGAUCCCACUAGAAACUAGACCAAUCAGGUGCGAAUCCACGAUGUCCAUACUCUUACUUGAGAUUCUCUACUUCUGGCGAUUCCGGCAUUAGGUUAGUCCUUUCGUCGCCUCUUCAUCCCGAAAAAAGUUCCUAGCGCGACUGAGAGAACACAUAGAGAGGAAACUCACUCUGCUCGAGAUGGUAGCAAUGCGGCGCUGACUUCGCGCUAAUUUUCAAUUUAAAAAACAAUGCCAAUAUCUGCAACUUCACAUCGUACGUGACGUAAUUCUAUCAAAAAGCAAGAUGCUGAUAAAUUCGAGGCAUCAGCAAGGCCAUCCUCUCUGGUCGGAAGGAGCGAAGUUUCUCAGAGCGAAAUGCAGAAUAGGCACUCGUGGCUUCAAAGGGCACAUCAGAGCAACGUCAGAAAUCAUUGUCGGAUAACUCAUAAGGCACACUUUCCCGAUAACUUACAUGGUCUCUACAGUACACGUUUCUCUGCGAACGGUGAAAUGGUAGUCGUCGGGUUUGGAUCCGGUGGUGUGCAGAUCCGAAAUGGCACGACGGGUGAAUUAAAGGCGACACUCAAGUCUGGCCUGGAAACUUCGAUGCCAAUUAUGUGCUGCAGAUUCAAUCCAGUCCGAAGAGACGUCUUCUAUGCCUCCAGUGCCUGUGGAACCAUUUUCAUGUGCGACACACGCACCAAAGAAUUUUCCAGGUUUAUCUUUGAGCCGGACAACGAAGUGAAUACGAUCGAUGUCAGUAUCACGGGAGAUUAUUUAGUCUCUGGUGGCAAAGACGCAGUUGUCCGACUUUAUGAUAUAGAAAGCACCAAAUUGAUAUUAAUGUACAAAAAGGACGAAGAAAGUCUGAUGGAAAACAGAGUAAAUUUUCAUCGCAUGAGGAUAUUUGCUUCCAGAUUUCAUGACGUGUAUCCUGAUCUGAUUAUUACUGGUGGCUGGGACGACACUGUUAGAAUUUGGGAUAUCAGGGUUCCAUCGGGCUCGGCGAGAGUUAUUAAAGGUCCUCAUAUAUGUGGUGAUGCCAUAGACAUACGCGAAACACACAUCCUUACAGGCUCGUGGGUGGUGCGUGAUAGUUUGCAAUUGUGGGAUUUGACGAGUGCGAAACUCAUCGACACGAUCAAUCCGCAGAACAGGUCGUCCACCUUGAACGGUGAAUUUCUUUACGUGGCGCAUUACUUCAACGGGGAUCCUUCCAGUGAUCUCGUCGUGAUAGGCGGUUCUGGUACCGGUAUGGUUGAAGUGAUUAGUCUAAAGCAAAAGAAGGUAAUGGGAAGCUUCAAUGUAAGCAAGCCAAUCUUCACUAUAGACAGCUGCAGGUCUGUAAUAGUAUUUGGUGGCAUGGAAUCUGCGAUCACUUUUGGUGAUUACAGUUAACGUGGGCGGAAUUAUAAAUACCUAAAAAUUUAAAAAAAACCAAAUAUAUUUACAUCUAUUAUAUAAUUCAAUUAUUUUAGAGUACAUUGUUUUAUUUAUAAAUACAUCGUCAAAAUUAUAACGUACUACGAAAUAUCAUUUUCGCAAAGAUAAAGCAGAAUAUUAAAUAA